UGUUUGUUCUCAUUUUUUUAGGAUGCCAGCCUACGACAAAAAUGCUUGGAACGUACUCAUAUUCAUUGCUUACAUCAUCAUCUGUAUCUACAUCUUGAUGAGCAUCUUUUUGGCUGUAAUUUAUAAGAACUACAGAAAACAUCUAAAAAAUGAAGUUCAAAGGUCGGUGUUUGCCAAGAGACGUCAACUGAAUAGAGCUUUUGACAUUCUUAAAGUAUUUAACGGCAAACAAUUCACAAUACCUUGGGUACGGUGGAAAGUGGUCAUGAAAUUGGUAGUCCCUCAUCGAAGCGAAGUGUUGAUCAGGCUAUUAUGGGAUAUCAUUGAUGAGGAUGACGAUGGUCAGAUAGGUAAGGCUGAAUUUAUGCAUGUGGCGGACCUAUUGAAUACCGAGAUCUCCGAGGUUGCUGAUCGUAUUCCACUAAUCGGUAGAACUUUCCCACAAUGCUAUGAAUCAACAAUAAGUAGAAUAAUAAAAGAGUGUGUGAGAGCUCCAAUUUUCCGAUAUUUUUUUGACGUUAUCAUCACAAUAAAUGCAAUCUGCAUUGGUUUUCAAUGGGACCAAGCCGAGUGGUUUUUCUUGACAUUAUUUACCUUAGAGAUCGUCCUCAAGCUGUACACUUUGGGAGGAUAUCAGUUUUUCAGAAAACCUUGGAAUGUAUUUGAUUUCUUGGUGAUAAUGAGUGCAUUAAUAGCUAGUAUUGUUGAGGUGGCACUUAAUGAUGAAAGUUUAACUGAGGAUACCUUGGAUUUCUUGCUUGUUCUUAGAGUGCUAAGAUUGGUCAGAAUCAUUGCAGAAAUAGAAAGAUUUGAAGUCAUCCUGGCAACCGUAGCAAAUAUUGGGCCAUCAAUCCUAUCAUUCGGCGCUGUCCUCUUUGUUGUAUAUUAUGUAUUUGCCAUCAUCGGUAUGGAAGUGUUUGGAGGGCUCAUCACACAUUAUGGGUACCCGGACAAAUACGAUGAUCCGUCUCAAGAAUACUGCGGCAACAUUAAACUUAAGGGGUCUGAGUUCUAUCGUGAACAUUACUGCCAUAAUAAUUUUAACAACAUUAUCAAUUCUAUGAUACUACUCAUUGAACUCACAGUUGUUAAUCAGUGGCAUAUAAUAGCAUCAGGAUUUGUAUUAGUUACCAACAAAGCUGCAAGAUUGUUCUUCAUUCUCUUCCACAUGUCCGUUGUUAUAGUCGUUAUAAACAUUUUCAUUGCAUUCAUUCUUGAAGUAUUCAUGGUGGAGUUCUCAUUAUCAAACAACAACUUUGAAUCGACAGUGGAGUACCGGAUCAACGAACUUGGGCUUGGCGUUACAGAGAUAGCAGAAGGAAAGUUUGAAGCACAAAGUCCAAAAAAGCGUUCAAAGGCGCGAGGGAGAGAGACCGACCAAGUGGACCUGGUUGAUAAUGGAGCACCAAUCGCAAGUGAGGAUGCACUACAGAAUGGAGGACAAGAUACGACUGAGGGAAACGCCGGAGCCAGAGAUGAUGGCGUACGGUUUAGACUUAAAGGCAGAUCUAGAAACGUUGAGGUCGUCUUGCAGAGGAUGUUUGAAGGAGAGCUUGACAGCGAUGACUUGGGCCCAGCCAACGUAACGAACAUUGACGAUCUCGAGCCAGAAGAUAUGACUCCUACUCCCCUUACAUUUGAAAAUAUAACAUAGCAUCAUUGUUGUAUGGUUUUCUAUGUUACAUUACUAAAUGUUUUCGUAAACUCGUCCCCACAACCAGCAUUUACUUCCUCCCACUUAUGAGAGGGAUUCAUAGUAAUAUCUAUAUUAAUAAUUAUAGUUAAUGAUAAUUAUAAUUAUAAUUUUUGUUAUUAUGAUUAUUAUUAUUACUAAGAAACUGGUUCAUCUCCUUGUAGUAUUAAAACGUGUUAGCUAGCCAUAAUCAUGUCACUAUAACCUUUGAAGCAUAUAUAUUAUAUACAACAAUCUUUAAAAGGAAAAAUUAAAAUAUUUAAAACUUAAUUUGAACUAUAUGUUUCAUUUAAAUGAAAUAUUUAAGAAAAAUUAUAUUGCUGCUCUAAAUGCUGCUGAAUGCCAAUAAUACUUUCAUUAUUUAUAUAAAUGUGAUGAUAAUAUUCAGUAUCAUAUCAAAAAUGAAAAUAAGAUAAAAACAUAUGAUUUAUAUGAAUCGGGAUGAUAUUAUGAUAAUGUGAAAAUUUAAAAAAACAUGUAUAAUAAAUGUUUUUAAUUUGGAAUAAGGUGGGGCUACCCACACAAUAGAGAAAAAAUCUAUAUUCAGAAAAUUACAUGGCUUUUAAAACAAUGCAAAUUACUAGGCUAUAUUCGAGCUAUAAGAAUGAAUAUACAAAUUUUAAGUGUAGUUCACAGCCAGUGUUACCUUGUAAAUAUAUGAAAAUUGCAAUAACAAUAAUUAAUAUAUAAAAGAUAGAAUUUAUAAAUAAUAAUAGGAAUAAAAUGCAUUUAAAUUUUAAAAUAGAAGUU